AUGACAGAAGAGGAAAGAAAUACCAAUACUGAUAUCACUGCCCCUGAAGUUCUAGACCCAAUAAGAAAAUCUGACCUUCAUGACUUGGGUUUUAUAGGAAACCCAUACACUUGGACUAGCAACAGCCAUGGUACAGGCAAAAGAAAAUCUAGAUUAGAUAGGGCAUUAGGCAACAGUGAGUGGCUAAUUUCUUAUCCUGAUGCCAAACUUGUUCAUUUAGUUCAAAAAGGUUCAACUGCUUUUCUCUUCUAUGACAAACUUUCUAAUACCAGACACCUACUUUCCAAGUGGAGUAAAUUCACGUUUGGUAAUAUCAAUUUGAGAAUUGCUAGUCUCCAACAAGAGUUGUGUCAGUUACCGGCAGCUGAUAUUCAAGGCAAUAACACAAGUGCAGUACUUAGAAUUGAAAAAGCAAUUGAUGAUCUACUAGAUAUCCAAGCAAGUUCAAAUCGUCAGAAACCCAGAGACAAGUUUUAUAAUGAAAUAGAUAGAAACUCUAAAUAUUUUCAUAUUCGAGCAAAUCAAAGAAGGACGAGAAACAACAUAGAUGCUCUCCAAGCUCAAGACGGCUCAUGGUGUCAAGACAGAUCAUCGAUAGAAGAACUUCUAAUCUCCCAUUUCAGCAAGAUCAGUACUUCCUCAAAUCCAACAGACAGUCAGUUAUUUCUCCGGCACAUACCAGUUUGCAUCACAAGCCAAGAAAAUCAAGAGUUAAUAUCAAUUCCUUCUGAGGCAGAAAUUCACCAAGCUUUAAUGACUAUGACCCAUGGACUUCACCGGGGUCAGGCGGUUUUCCACCGGGCUUUUAUCAAACACAAUGGAGUAUAG